AUGAAUGUAAUUUCCAGUAAACUUUUCAACAAGCUUGAAAAACUUCAAAAUAAGGCUAUAAGAACAUGUAUGGGCCUCCGUGUAUCGACUCCAAUUAACUCCAUGAUGGCAGAAGGUCAUGAAAUUCCCUUAAAAAUUAGACUCAAGGACCUCUCAGACCGCUACAUUCUAAAAUCUUCGGGAAUCACCAACAACCCAGUCACCAAGACUCUUGAUAUUGAAACACUGGAAGAAAGUUUAACCCGGAACAAAUCUAAAGGAUUCAUCUACAAAUGA